AUGGAUCGCUUCAGGAGUAUGCUCCAGUCUGGUGGCAUGGGAGGCCUGGGCUCCCAACCCGGAAGUGAUAACACACAGCUUAUCGACAACUCCGAGACCGUCUAUAUCUCCUCACUCGCCCUCCUUAAGAUGCUCCGUCACGGUCGCGCCGGUGUCCCCAUGGAAGUCAUGGGCCUGAUGCUAGGCGAGUUCGUCGAUGAUUUCACAGUGCGCGUUGUGGACGUCUUCGCCAUGCCGCAAAGCGGUACCGGUGUCUCCGUCGAGGCGGUCGACCCCGUAUUCCAGAUGAAGAUGAUGGACAUGCUGCGACAAACGGGAAGGCCCGAAUCCGUUGUUGGCUGGUACCACUCUCACCCCGGCUUUGGCUGCUGGCUCUCCUCCGUCGAUAUCAACACGCAGCAGUCGUUUGAGCAGCUUACUCCGCGCGCCGUCGCCGUCGUCGUCGAUCCUAUCCAGUCCGUCAAGGGCAAGGUCGUCAUUGACGCCUUCCGCCUCAUCAACCCUCAGUCUCUGAUGCUCGGCCAAGAGCCACGCCAGAGCACGAGCAACCUGGGACACCUUAACAAGCCCUCGAUCCAAGCCCUCAUCCACGGCCUCAACAGGCACUACUACUCGAUCGGCAUCAACUACCGCAAGACGGCUUUGGAAGAGAACAUGCUCAUGAACCUGCACAAGCACGUCUGGACUGAGGCGCUGCAGAUGGACGACUUCAGGGUGGAGGGCUGCAACAACAAGGACAGGCUGGAGCAGCUCGUCAGCUUGGCCGAGGGCUACCAGAAGCGCGUCAAGGAGGAGACCGAGUUGACUAAGGACCAGCUCAAGACUCGCUACGUCGGCAAGCUCGACCCGAAGAAGCACUUGGAGGAUGUCGGCCAGCAGAUUAUUGAGGACAACAUUGUCUCGGUCAACCGCCAGAUGAUCGACAAGGAGGCUACGUUGCCGAGACCUAGCGAGGCCGGCGCGAGCGGACGGUCGGCAGAGGAUCGUAUGGACGUGGAGGAGGAGCUGUAG